CAAACAUUUUAGACAUCUUUGAUUAAAUUUUUGUGCUGCUGGUUAAUGAGACUUUAAAAUGAACUAUGACAGAAACGUAAUGAGUGGGUGUUUUAUUUAAAUUUAUUGUUUUUAAAGGUUCAGUUUUAAGUAAAUAUCCUUUCUUACUACCUUUUUAUUUCGGUGUUAUUUUAAAAGUGACGUCAUGUGAUUGCGCUUUCAUGGAGUACCAUUUAUUUAAGGUUUCUUUCCGUUAUGAUUCUUUCUCAUCGCUUUGAUUCACAAAUAUGAAUUAUCUAUCAGUUCAAAAUACCCAAAACAGCUUUAUGAAACCACACAACACCUUCCUUUUAUCAGAAACACCUUCGAAAACCGCAUUCAGCGAUAACAGACAGUUCACCGAAAACAACAAUCAGUUGUCUCCGAAUGGGCAAGAAAAGACGCUGAAAGAACUUUGGUCCAAACACAAAAUGAAAAUGAGCCAGAGCCAAAUCAAAAGCGAUCCGAUCGCCGGAAAUUUCGACAAUAUUAAAAUGACCUGGGAGGUGGAGAAGGCGAUCGACACGGCCGUUGUUCCCGAGGUGGCGCCGAUGCCGGAAAAAUUGGAAAAACUGGAAAAUUUGCCGGCGAUAAAGCGCGAAAUCGAAGAUGUCCAGGAGCAAGAGCAGAGUACCAAAGAAGAAUCGCCUUCUCAUCACGCCAGGCGGCCACCAAAUGCCUUUUUGAUAUUUUGUAAGAAGCACCGACCAAUUGUUAGAGAUCGAUUUCCGAAUUUAGAGAAUCGGGGGGUUACGAAGAUUUUGGGGGAAUGGUGGGCGUUGCUGAACAACGUCGAAAAACUGCCAUAUAAUGAUUUAGCUAAGGAGUACAAAGACGCCUUCUUAUCGGCCAACCCGGACUUCAGAUGGUACAAAUUACCCGCUCCACCUCUCCGAACGCUAUCCACUCGACCUCUGACCUUUCCAAAACCUCACCCAUCCAUAUCUAGUCCUUCCAGCGCCCCAACUACCACCACCGUUACCUCCGCUCUCUCCGAAUUCACGCCCGGAAAGUUGGCCGACGAAUCGCAGCUCGGCGGACUCACUUCCCUCAUGAACAAUUUCGUUUCCAUGCCAAAGACGGAGCCGGAGAGUAAUAACAAUAUUCCAAAGAUGGAGGAGGCAUUGAUCAGUCCUGUUAAUACUAUCAUAGUCAGCAUGCCGCCGAAGCCUAUCAAGAAGCGGUUCGUGGAGUAUCACGAAGUCAGUAUCAAGGGGUGUGCCAGGAGCAUUUUAAAUGAUGAGGAUGUUACUCAGGAUUCGGGGAAUGCCGGAAGUCAGACUAAUGAAGACUGUUCCGCUAAAUACCAGGACGACUCCUCAGAUCAAAACGGUACAAGAGAGCCUAGAAAAUCCGAACGUAUGUGCAAGGGUAAACGCUAUGAAAUUUUUAUGCUGGAAGGCAAACUUCUCGGCAACAAGCGUGAAACCUCGAAAUUCGUGCAACAGAGACAAACCCGCUCCGAUACCAAAAUGGAAAUCGAUCUUAACUCAUUAAACAACAACAAUAAUAUUAAACCAGAAACACCAAAGCUAGAUUUAGGAAAUACUAUAAAGCGCCUCGCCGAACGCACCAACAUCAAAAUCGACUUCGACAUCGAGCUACGAGAACCCCAGGUCGAAGUCAAGCGCGAACGCAGCAUAUCCGAGACCUCAGAAAGCGGCGGGAAAACCUUCCCGCCCAAUUUCAACCUAGACUUAAGGAUAUCGAAUCUUCCGAGCUUGAGCUACGACGAGUUCUGGCAGCGCAAGCGCGACAGCAAAAAAAGGAAAGCCAGAACCAAAUCGGAGGGCGAGCACCACCACCGCAAAAAAGUUCAAAAAUUGAACAAAGAUUCGCAACUAGUUGGGUCCAAAAAAAGAAAAAACAAACAAAGCAUCACUCAUUUAGGUAACAAAGGUAAUUCAAGCGGCAUUAGCGGCGACUUGAUCGGUUUGGCAACGUUGGCCGAAGUAGCCGCUAAUACUGAGAAAAUUAACGAAAAAAUCUCAGAGUAAAUUUUGAUAGUAUUAUAGGUGUUAAAUUCGAUUUAUAGGUGA